AUUAUUAAAAGAAAAAAAAGCAGUUAACUGUUUAAAGUCAAACGUGUAUGUUAGUUUGUAUGCAUAGUCUUCUCAUAGCGUUAAAUGAAAAAAAGUAUGAAUGCUUCCUUUAUUGUGACACUUUCUGUAUUAAAAAAUACCAUCUUUUACUAACGCCUUUUUUUUGCGGGGGAUUCGCAAAAAUAAAAAAAAAAGCGACGCUUUUUCUCUUUAUCAUAAACACACAUACGGCAAGUAAAGCGUUAUUUUAGACGAAGAUCAACUUAAACCUUGUUAAAAUAUUUUUUUGUACUGGUGAAAUCUAAAAAAAAAAACACAUCCCAUUUUUUAAAACAAAAAGUAUAGAUGCAAAAGAUUAAGAAUCUUUUAUACGACAUUUUUAUUCUUCACAAAGUGCUUUGUGAGUUUUUCUCUAGUAAACCGCUCUCGUGAUCAAACUUAUCCAAUUCCAGUCCCAACGUUGUGACCCAAAUACAGCAGACUACAGUCCUAAUUAAGGAGGGAACACCUAGGAAAGCUGAUUUAAUUUAAGGAAUUCUUUAGUAUGACAUUCAUUUGAUUUCUAGAAUUAAGUCAUAAGCUUAUUAUGGAUAAUUCAACUGAAAAUCAAGCAUUGAGUGCCAAAGAAAUGCAAGAUGCGAGUGAAAUGGGAAAUAAUGCAUCCAAUGAUGAAGCACCUCCAUCCAACACAUUUUUACACAACAAGAAACGACUUGUUGAAUCUUCUUCAGAAUUCGCGGAAAACAAAAAAUCGCGAACGGAGAAUGUUGAACAAAAUGUUCAAGAUGAAAAUCGAAACCCACUGACAGAGAAGGAGCUUCUAUUAGCCCUUAAAAACCAAAUAGAGUAUUACUUUUCUGAUGACAACUUACGUCGUGAUUAUUUUUUCAAUACAAAACUUACGGAAAAUCAAGAAAAUUGGCUUGCCGUCAAAUAUAUUUUGAGUUGUCGGAAAAUAAUGAAGCUCAAUGCUACACAGGAAAAUAUUGAGGAAGCUCUUGUCACUUCUGAUUUAGAUACAAAACUUGAUGAAAAGAACAAUCUUUGGAUUCGUCGAACGUCACCUGUGCCCUCUUUAGAUCCUGAUGUUGUUUCUAAUAGAAAAAAUGAUUUUUCGAAGAACCAACAAUGUAAAAAAGCUCAAGGCUGCCCUACAAGUGUUCAAAAUAUUCAUCAACUUGGCUGCUUCUUAAAAAUUCAAAAUAUACCAAAAGAUGUCAAUUGGCUUCCUGUUAAAAAGGCUCUACAAGAAAAGUUAAAAGAGACAAAACUCAAACAUGUUUCCAAAGUUACUCCAAAUGGUGAAGCCUACGCAGUAUGCCGUCCGUUCCCAAAUGAUGUUGAAUUUUUUUCUGAGCUCAAAACUAUUGAUGUGAAUGGACAAACCGUGGCCGUUGGGCUUGUACACGAUCUUAAUCUUGUAUCCGAAAUUCUUGCAAAUCAUGUUCCAAAAGGACUUGUUCGUGAUAGAGUUAAAGAUUUACAAAAAUUGAAAGCUUCAAUCGCUUCGACACCUCUCAGUUUAGGUGGAACUCGUUUCGAAAACGUGGAACAUCUCCGAAAGUGUUAUAAAGAACUUCUUGAUACGUCUCCCUUGGGUGAAUGUCUUAAACCUCAAGCUUUCACUGUUAUUCGAGCGAUUCUCAAUUAUCACCCUAAUGCCGCUAAAAAGCUUCAUCAAAUUAAGAGUAUUAAGGUCGACUUAAGACAGGACGUCCCAUCAACACCUGAUAGCAAACCGACAAAAUGUUUUUUUAUUGUUCGCGAAGAUGAUUCAUGCGAGGAUGUAUCUAUGGUGAAAUGCAUUACCGAAAUGAUGAAAAAUCCGCCUCGUGCACAUGACACAGAAGAAAAAAAAGAUGUGCAGGUUAAAGCUGAUACUGAAGAUACUGCUACGAGCAUUGUAUGAGGAACUAUUUUUUGAAAAUAAUUCCAGCACUAUAUUUUUAAUUUUAACAUUACCGGUUCACACAUUUAUUCUAGUUCUAUACAAAAGUUUCAUGAUGACGUUUUUUAUUAACCCUUUGUUUUUCGUUAAUGCCAGUAAUAUAGGUACCUAGUUCUAGUCAAUGGCCACUACCAUUGACUUAGUUAACACGUUUUUUCUUUUGAAAACAUAUUAGAUAACUACAUGGUUAUAAAUAUAUGUGAACGAAUUCUUCAUUAAAAAAAUGGCUUUGUAAGAACUUCCUACUAUAG